AUGCGCGCUCACCAACACGCCUUCAACUCGGCACUCGCCCUCCGAAGGGUGUUCUUCAACCAUGCUGUGGAGCGGGCUGGGUCGUCCAGCACGCAACUGUCGAGCAUGUUCUUGCCGUCAUUAUCGAUUGCGACACAGGUGCGGACGUUUAGAUACCCGUCAAAAGGGAAAGGCGCCGGCGACGCGAAAACAGCAAAGCAACUUCCCCGGGACGAGGACAUCACCUACCGGCUCGUCCAGGUCCGAGAAGAGGACGGGCGGCUCUCGGAACCCACUCCGACGAAGUCAGUGCUCGCGGGGCUCAACAGGCGCAUAGAAUCGCUCGUCGUGCUCGCUCUCCCAAAGACCGGUGCCGGCAAUGGCCCACGGUACCCGGUCUGCAAGGUCGUCGACAAGAGGGCGGAGCAGAAGGCCGCCGCGGAGAAGCAGAAGGAGCAGCGCAAGAAGGCCGUGCAGACCAAGGAGAUGGAGCUCAACUGGGGGAUCGACUCGCACGACCUGGACCACCGGCUCAAGCAGCUGCGCACCUUCCUGGAGAAGGGACUCAAGGUGGAGGUCAUCCUGCUGAACAAGAAGGGCAAGAAGAAGAAGCCGAGCCAGGACGAGGCCCAGGGAGUGGUGGACAGAGUCAAAGAGACGAUGGGGGAAGUGCCCGGGGCCAAGGAGAGCAAGGUGAUGGAUGGGCAAAUAUUGAGCACUUUGCGGCUGUUCCUCGAGGGCCCGGCUGGGGGUGUACAGCAGGAAGCCGAGGCCAACUAG